AAAAUAUAAGCAGAAAAUCCCACAUUCUGUCGUCAUGUCUUCAGCGAAUAAAAAGUCAGAAAUAACAUUUUUGUUCCUGCAGCAGUUGGUGAAAAAUGAGCGAGGAUGAAACUGUACCAUAUUCCACUGGAUUUGUAGUCCGGCGCUCGGCGAACUCCCAUUGAGUGUCACUUUCCCGCCCGCCGAGAUGAACUACAACUCCCAUGAAACCACCGCAGCGCUUCUGUUAAUAUCAAUAUGGCUUCUGUCAGUCAGACAAAGGCGAAUCAGUUUUUGCCUUGAAAUGAAAUCAAAUUAGGGAAAGGUAGCGGGAGAGUCGGACAUCGUCCUAUUUUGCUGGUACAUGUCUGGCGACGGGGAUUAAAAGGGACGGAAACACUGUCAGUUGAGUUGAAUAAAUGCUGUGGUGCACGGAGGCCCCGCACGCGCACAAUAAGAAUCAGAAUGUCCCAUUAUACAGAUGAGCCUCGUUUUACCAUUGAGCAGAUCGACUUGCUGCAGCGACUACGUCGAAGCGGCAUGACAAAGCAAGAGAUCUUGCACGCCCUGGACACCCUCGACCGGCUGGACCGCGAGCACGUGGAGAAGUUCGGCCACCGGCACGCCCAUGGUGGAAGCGGGGCGGCCGGCGUCAACCACGGCAACGGCAGCAACGCCACCACCUCUUCCAACUCCUGCACUACCUCCACUAACAACCUCGCAGCCUCUUCUUCAACGACCUCUACGGCCACGCAGACCGGUUACCGUGGCAACGGCCUCUCACCAUCUCCUAGCAACAGCUAUGACACCUCCCCGCCCCCAAUGGUCCCCACACCCAUGCCGGUAGUAGCACCUAUGGUCCAAAACGGACGGGAAGGCCUCGCCUCUAUGCCCAACGGGAAGCUCUCCCCGCCCCGCUUCGCUGUUAGCAACGCCUCCUCGAGGGCCUUUGCGAUCGAGAACCCCGAUGAGGAAGUGGACAUCGAUGACAAAGUUGAGGAGCUCAUGAGAAUGGACAGUGCUAUAAUUAAAGAAGAGAUUAAAGCAUUCUUGGGGAAUCGGCGAAUAUCACAGGCAGUAGUUGCCCAAGUUACAGGUAUCAGUCAGAGCCGGAUCUCUCAUUGGCUGCUCCAGCAGGGCUCAGACCUCAGUGAGCAGAAGAAAAGAGCCUUCUACCGCUGGUACCAACUAGAGAAAACUACACCUGGUGCAACACUAGCGAUGCGGCCCACCCCGAUGGCCCUGGAGGACAUUGUGGAGUGGCGUCAAACACCCCCUCCCAUUAGCAGCACCCAGGGCAGCUUCCGUCUGCGGCGUGGAAGCCGCUUCACCUGGAGGAAAGAGUGUCUGGCGGUGAUGGAGAGUUAUUUCAAUGACAACCAGUACCCCGAUGAAGCCAAACGAGAGGAAAUUGCCAACGCCUGCAAUGCAGUUAUUCAAAAACCAGGGAAGAAGCUUUCAGAUCUUGAGAGGGUCACGUCUCUGAAAGUUUACAACUGGUUUGCCAACAGACGGAAGGAAAUUAAGAGAAGAGCCAACAUAGAAGCAGCAAUCCUGGAGAGUCAUGGAAUUGAUGUCCAAAGCCCGGGAGGUCAUUCCAACAGCGAUGAGAUUGAUGGAAAUGACUACGGUGAGCCAGUAGCUGCUGACCAAGUUUUGGGAAUGUCAUUCAAACAGGUUUGCGGGGCAAAAGCAGAGGGCUUCAGACCAAUCUCUGGUUCUCUACUCCCUUAUAGGAUGACAACGCCGGCCCAAACGAACACCAGGACCCCAUAGCUUUGGCAGUGGAGAUGGCCGCUGUCAAUCACAGCAUCCUGGCACUAGCGAGGCAGGGCGGAGCCACCAGUGACAUCAAGACAGAGGUGCUGGAUGACGAGUGAGAAUCUUCCCUUCGACAUGGAGCACGGAGGGAAGCUGAAGGAGAAAUGUGGGGUUAUGAAAUUAAAGCCAAACAGUUGUGCGUGAACUGUGAUUGAGGAAUAUGGCCAGGUCGUGGAUGACCAAAGUGAUGUGCGGAGGUUAUAAAGACUGUUAACCCAACAUUCCCUCCUUCCACCUCCCUUCUACAUGUGACGCCUCAGUAGUCUUUUCAUUAAUAUCGUUCUCAUACACGCAGCAGGUCGGGGAGUCGCUGCGCUUAAACUGUUGAUGAAACACGUUCACUAAAAACUUCAUGCGACAUAUCACCCUGCCAUAUCACACUUGGAUAGUGAAUUUCGUCUCUCAGUUUUUCCUUCUUUCAGGAAGUCUUCUUUGCAGGAUUUAAGAGGUCAGUAUCAUACUAAAUGUUGACUGCCUCAGCCUCUCCAGGGAAAGUGUGUUGGGAAGCAUAUUCUCUCUCACUUCUUAACUUAUUUCUUUAUGUAUGUGCAGUCCAGCAUUGCUGAAGUUGUGUUUGAACUUGUACGCUCGUCACCAGGGUCCAAAAUUAACACUCGCCUACCACCAAAUGCAUACCAGCGGCUUUUCCAAGUAAAUAAAACAAAGUUACUGGGUAGUUGUUAAGAAAUGCAACAUAGUUUAGUUAUGUGUAAAACCACAUAUUUCCAAAAUUGACUAGUUUAUUAACCAGUCCUGUAUAAUUAGGUUGAACAUGUUUGAACACGUCGUUUUGGCCGUUUACAUAAAAUGAGAAAUUCAAAUAGAGCUCUAGAUGAAGCGCAAUGGAAUUGUAUAGAACACAAGGGGUCUUAAAACAUGGUUUUAAAAAUGUUUUAAAAGUUUUUUCAUUUAAAUAACUUUUAAAAAGUUAUUUUACCUUCACACGUCAUCUUAAAAAUGGCUAAAAUGCUUAAAAAACUAAGUGCGAUACACAGUGCAACAGCCAAAGACAUUUUUCUGAAUAUGUAUAUUGCUGUAGUGAUGGUGUUUAAACAAUUUAAAGACGCAACUUUUCUGGAAAAGGUUUUAUCAUGCAAAAUGUCUUACGAGCCAAGUGUAGCAUGCUAAUUGAAGCAUCACUGCUAAAAUAUCUCAACUAAAAGCAAAAAAUAAUUUAAAAAGUAAAAAAUCAGUUGUUGGAUGAUGAGUCGUAACUAGGGCUGCACGAUUUAUCGCGAUAAAAUUGCACACGAUUUAGCAAAGGCUGCGAUUAUUUAAUGCACAGCUUGUCAGAGCUGUACGGCUCUGUGAUCAGUAGUAAAUGCUUCUCCAUCUGAAAGCCAGAGGGCGCUCUUGCGCGGAAACUAAAUAUGUCUUGCUGCAGAAGAAGAUAACACACGUCAUCGCUGUAGCUGAAUAAACAGAAGACUGAAACGCUUUGAUUAAUUAAACAUGACUAAUAAACACACGACUGCCUUAUUCCGUGUGAGAAGCCACACCAUCUCACGGAAGGACGCUCAACUGUUGUUAUGAAGUGAGUUUGGAGUAAAAAAGACGUUAAUAAAUGCUUCUCAUGCCUGAAAAGGUGUUUGACGCGUGUUGCUUUUUCAAAUGUACAUUAUAAGCGAUUCAAACUCGCAGUGCUUUCAGAUGGAUUAGCAUUUGGAGCCAUACUUCAUUGACAAGCUGCGCAUAAAAAAAAUAAUCGCAGCCUUUGUGAUUUCAUAAUCGCACUAAGAAUCGCGUUUAAGCGAUAAUCGCGUUCAAGUUCAGUGUUAUUUUUUGUGUCGUGCGAUAAAUCGUGCAGGCCUAGUUGUAACUCAUAACUGAACAUAUGUAAGCGAUUUCAGUCAAUGGUAUCUGUUGCGACUUGUGCGUCUUUCUCAGUAAAAAAAAAAAUUCUAAAGUUUAUCUGGGAUGAUGGCGCUGUUUGUCACUAAUAUGGGGGAAAACUGCUAAAUAAUUUAAUUAUAAUAGAGGUAAGAAUGUUUUAAGUAAAACAAAAUACCGUUUUAUGACCAGAAUUAAAUAUUUGUUUCCAUGAAAUUGGCCAAAAUGUUAAUUCUGGACCCUGGUUGUCAGCGUAGAAGUUACACAGGACUGUAUAGUUGCAUACCAUAACCGGCCUGCUGGCUUCAGCAAUUACGUAUUGCACUUUUAAUUACUGGCGGCAGCUUAUUUAUGUUCCUGCCGCUACACAACUGUGCAUCUCUGCAGGGAGGCAUCGAGGGCCGCCUGGAAACUGAAGCCUACUCGUGAAGAUUGUGCCAUUAUAUUUCAGCAUUAGCAGACUAGAAAAUCGGUUGGGCUCUUCUGCAGGCCUCUCUAAAAGCAAUCAGACAACAGCCGUUUAUUUGAACGUAUAUAACCUCAAAGUGUUCUACUCAGCCAAUAACUGUGCAAACGUUUCAGCAGCACACGGCUGGAAAAUGUUGUAGCAUUGGGAAUUUCUUUGUCUCAGCGAACGGGAAAACACUUGACAAUCAGGAUGACGACGUUCCAAUACAAAAACCUGUUGGUGUUUGCCCUCGUGUCCAAAUAUGGGGUUUCUCUGGAAAGUGAUGAUAACUCCCCUCCAUGGGGAUUAAUAACCCUUAUUUCCGAAAUUAAAGUGGAUUUAACCACUCUAAUAAAUAUCCCAUGUAAUUGCUUAUUUGUUUUUUUUGUUUUAAUAAUCAUAAAAUGUCACUUUAAGGGGGAGGGUUAUGGUGCUUUGGGUUCUUUACCCCAACAUACUUUUUUUUAUUUUUUUUUUUAUUUUAUCUGGUACUGUUUCAAAGAAAGGAAAGAGGGAUGGACUAAUUCAGGUUAUUUUCAUUUGUGCUUCAGAAUUAUGGUGCUUGUUUUAAAAAAGGAAAGGAGAUACUAACCACAGGCCCUCUCCCACCUUUUACUGUCUUUUCUCUGCCUUUUAGGAAGCUGCUUUCUGUGUGUAAUGCACACCAUUGCAGUCACAAAUAAGCUUUUUUUAGACUUAUCAAAAUAGCUAUCAGAUGACAAACCUGUGAAAAGAAUCAGCUGCUUCAAAAGUUCUCUCAGAAUGUCUGAAAUACCAUUUCAACUCAUAAACAUGCAUUUAUUUCUAUUGAGCGUAAGGACUACAGAUUCAUAUCGAUGAGAUCUCCACUAGCUAACAAAUAAGCUCGUAAUUAAAACGCCAGUUGCAGAUGAACGUGAAUUUUGAAAAUUGAUAUUGGGCUUCAGCCUUAAUGCAAGUAUUUCUAAGCACUUAAAUGACAGAAUAUGUAAAAUCUGUCAACACAUAAUUUCUGUGAAAAUGAGGUGACGCUGUUUAAUUUAACGCUAAUGUUCCUAGAUACAUUUAUUCCAUAAAUCUACAUAAGUUUAACAUAAAUGUACCAAGAGUAAAAUGUGUAUCAAAGGAAUAUUGUAUGUUCAGAGAGAAUAUUCAUUGAAAAUUUAAUUUCUCAUUUUAAAUUCUGCCAAGCAGAAAAAAAAAAUCUUCAAAUGAGACUUUCUUUUUCUAGUUAUGCCUUGUAAUUUGGUUGAAAGGUUAAAAUAUGUUUUCCUUUAUAGGGGUGACCUGGGCUAGUUGACACUUUUUACUCCAUGACUAUUUGUUAGCGUGAGAUUAUUGUUGAAAGUUAAUUUCUGCGUAGACGCAAACCUUACUAGUGCUUAUUGUGACGCUAUGUGGGGUAAGUUGUCACAAUGACAACCUGCUGUGUAUUAACACAGCAUAUUUGUGUUUAUAUUAUAUGAAUUAUAUUAUUAUAAACCGCUUAAUGGCUUUUCAGAAAAAAGUAUAAUAUCAAGCAAAAUUUUUAAAUUAAUGUUAAUGUUUUAGCUAACAGAAAUUGUAAUAAAAUUACAAGCUAAAAAACUUGACAACUUGCCCCAACCAGAAUUUUGAACCUGAAAAAGUUAAAAAAUUAAAGGUACACUAUGUAAGUUUUGGCCUUUUAGUGGUUAAAAACAAUCCUGCAUAUAUUUUGCGGAAGAACAUUGUUUUAGUUGUGCUUUGGCUCUGCAUGACUGUGCGGAUGAAUACGUUAUCCUACUGCUAACAAAACAUUCUAGGCUUAAAGUAUUCGUUUACUUUAAAAUGAAAAUGACCCCAAGCUUUAUUCACCCUCAAGCCAUCCUAGGUGUAUAUGACUUUCUU